AUGUCCACGUCCCAACAACUCUUCGGGGAGGACUCGUCCGACGACGAGGACGUGGGCGCGUACUUCGCGCUCGACCGGGACGACGACGGCCCGCCGCGGUUCGGCCGGGCGUUCCUGGCGCACCGCGCGCGAGCCGCGGGCCUGGCGCCGGACUACGAGGCCGACGACCCGGCACCUGCUAGAUCGAUCGCGUCCCUGGGCCGCCGUAUCCUUGCCGCCGAGACCCUAGAGGAAGCUCAAGUGCACGCGCGGGCGGCGGUGGCGGCCGCAGCGCCGCCGCGCGGCAGACGGAGGGACGCCGCCGCGCCGCGCGCGCGGCCCGAGCGGCGCGAGCGCUCGCGGUCGCCGGCUAAAUUGCCUCGGGACCCCGCCGCGCCGGGCGGUAGACGGCCAGGCGCCUUCGAGCGACGCGAGUCGCCGGCGACGCUGCCGCCGCAGCGGGACCCGCCGCGCUGGCGCGCGGCCGUGACCGCGCCGGCGCCGGCGCCGGCGCGCGUCGCGACGAUCCAAGCCAGGCCGGUCGUCGCGAAGGUGAAGCGGCGCACCAAGGGCUUCGACCUCGAGGGCGUCGCCGGGGCCAAGAAGCCCCGCGCGGUGCCGCCGCCCUAUUCCGCCGUCGUGCCGCGGCCGCGGAGCCCGACGCCCGAGCCCGAGUCGCCGCCGACGCACCCCGUCCGGAAGCGACACAAGGGCGCCUCGGCCGCGGCCGUCGAUCGCGCGCGAAAGCUGCGCGAAGAGCUCGACGAGGGCUCCCCGCGCCUGGCGGCGCCGACCUACGCGCCGGGCAACGGGACGCCGUUCCGCGCGCCGGCCGCGAACGGCCAUGCGAACGGCGCGAACAACGGGUUCUCGGAGUCGGACCUGGCGCUACUGUGA